AUGGCUGAGAUCACAAGUUGGUGCCAACCCCAAACAAAUGAGCAGGUGACAGCCCAGCCAAAUGAUUUCAUGGCAACCUUGUUGGCUGCAUUCACAUCACUAAAACAGGAAUUAAGAUCGGAUUUAAAAACUUUUCACACAUCGGUAAAACAGGAAUUAAAAUCAAAUAUAGAAAAUUUUCACACAUCGUUAAAACAGGAAUUAAGAUCGGACAUACAAAACUUAAAUAAGAAAUCUGAUUUGUUAAUUGAAAAACUAGAGGAAACAAUCACAAAGCCCAACCAAGAAGUUCAAAAGUGCAUUAAUAAAAAUGACACAGUAGAGAAAAAUGAAUUAAAAACGAAGUUAAGCUAUCAAACUGCCCUUUUUAAUGAAACCAAGUCUAAAGAUGUCACUAUUAUACAGAGCUCACCUAUUCAAGAUGGUGAACUACUAGGAAGUAUUAAUGAUGAAAGUACUAAGGAAACUAAAGAUGGAGAGGAUCCUACAAAUGUACAAAGUAUUGAAAACAUUGUAGUUGAUAAUAAUCAAAAUUUAGAUGAAAGUUAUAUUAAUGAAGAAAUAAAGGAAACCACUGAUGAUGAAAAGGAUUGUGAGAAUACUGUUAUUUGUGAAGAAUCCAUGGCCGAAAUAUUUAAUGAUAGUGAGGCAUCCAAAGCUGAGAAAGAAGAGAACAUUGAUGAAGAAAAAGAAAUAUUAAUUGAAAAGGAAGACGAGUCUAGGUGUGAUGACAUAAACCCUGAUUUGCCAGUAAUAGAAGAGACUGAUCUUGACAAUAUAAGUGAAGAUGAAAAAGGAGAAACUUUAACCGACAUCACGACUAACGAUAGACCUUCUAAGCCGAAGAACAAAGUUAUAGACAUCAGAGAUCCAGAAGAAAUUAAAGCUGAUAAGGGACCUUACCGGAUAAAACAAAAAAUUGUCGUUAUAGACCCAGGUUAG